CAGUGAGAACCCACAAUGGCAACUUCAGCCACUCUCUCUGGCACCAUGGUUAACACUUCUUUCAUCCGAAGGCAACCUAUAAGAAGUCUUGGCUCACUAUCUAAUGUUAGCAUCCAGACUCUCUUUGGAGUCAAGGCUGGACGUGGCCGGAUAACAGCAAUGGCCAUGUACAAAGUGAAGCUGCUUACACCUGAAGGCCCGAAAGAAUUCGAAUGCCCUGAUGAUAUUUACAUUCUUGACGCAGCUGAGGAAGCUGGGAUAGAUCUCCCAUACUCGUGCCGUGCAGGUUCUUGCUCCUCAUGUGCAGGAAAGAUUGUCGAAGGGAAGAUCGAUCAAUCUGACGGUAGUUUCCUUGAUGAUGAUCAGAUCGAUGCAAAAUGGGUCCUCACCUGUGUUGCCUAUCCACAAUCUGAUGUGGUUGUUGAGACACAUAAGGAGGAAGAGCUCACUGAAUGAUGAUCAAUCUGCUGCAAUAG